UCUGAAAUCGCUGGAUAGAUUAAUCGCGCAUGCGCAGAACACUCAGCGUUCUCCCUGCCGAUUGGCUGAGAGUGUCAACACUAUUAUCAGUUCAAUUUCUGCACCUGUUUUUUUCGUAAAUUAUUAAAAUUUUGUUGUCGCGAAGGUGGUGUGAAUUUCUAUUGUCAAGCCGUAUUAUUUUUUCUUAAUCCUAGUUCCAAUGGUUCUCCAAGUGCACAAUUAAUGCAAAUCUUCAAAGUAUGGGUGAAAUAAAAAAGCCAGCCAAUGAAAAAACCUACAUAUUAGAGCAACAGUUUCAGUCUCCUGUUAGUGAUGGUCCAAAUAGUGAUACAGAGCAGCUUUUUCGGAAUGAAAAAGAUCCGCACAAGUCUGGAUUGGAGGUUGCCAGUUUCAAUUAUGUCAACUCCAUCAUCGGUAGCGGAGUUAUCGGCAUACCUUAUGCAUUUAAAGAAGCUGGAUUUGGAUUGGGGAUCAUGAUGUUGGCGUUCGUAGCCUUAGUGACUGAUUAUUCUCUUGUGUUGAUGGUCCGAUCAGCUCAUAUAAGUGGUGUUUAUUCCUAUCAAGGACUAAUGGAAGCUGCGUUUGGGUCUGCAGGGUUCAUCAUACUUUCAUUUCUUCAAUUUAUUUAUCCAUUUAUAGCGAUGGUGAGUUAUAACAUAGUGGUUGGAGAUACAAUUACCAAAGUUUUAAUGAGGGUAUUCAAUUUAUACCCUCACUCUUUACUUGCCCGGCGGGAUGUAGUUGUAGCUCUUGCAACAAUAUUUGUGACAUUACCCCUCUGUUUGAUGAAGAAUUUAGCAGGCCUGGCAAAAGCCUCCAUCCUCUCAAUGGUUUUUGUCUUUUUUAUUCUGUUGGCGAUUUUUAUCCGAUUCUUCACUCUCCAAGAUGUAGUACCACCAAGUUUUGAUGCCUGGGAAUUUGCGAACUGGGAUGUUAUUCCUGCUCUUGGAAUCAUGGCUUUUGCCUUUAUGUGCCAUCACAACGUAUUCCUUUUGUAUGAAUCCAUUGAAAGAGCUGAUCAAACAAAGUGGGACAAGAUAACGCACUUUUCGCUCUCUGUUUCUUUUGCUAUAUCAGCAAUGUUUGGUGUGGCAGGCUAUGCCACUUUCACUGGAUACUCCCAAGGAGAUCUGUUGGAAAAUUAUUGUUGGGACGACGACCUGAUGAACCUUGCUAGACUGUUUUUCAGCUGCACCAUUUUAUUUACUUACCCAAUUGAAUGCCUUGUGACAAGGUCUGUCAUAUAUCAAAUAAUGGGGAAUGAAAAUAACGUGUCUGAUCUCCAACACUUGCUAAUCACAUGUGGGAUUGUUGGGACUACAUUUUUAUUGUCCAUAAUGACGGAUUGUUUAGGAGUUGUUUUAGAACUAAACGGUGUGCUUUCAGCCGUACCCUUGGCAUUUAUUUUGCCUGCAGCUAGUUACCUGAAAUUGGAGCCAGGGUCUGUGUUCUCCGAUAGAAAACUGCCCGCAUUAGGUCUUGCGAUAUUUGGAUGCCUUGUAGCUGUAAUUGGUGCUGUAUUGAUUAUUUUGGAUUUUGACUCGGAAGAUACGUGCAGUCAUGGAAGAGUCAUGCCGUACUGUCUCAACCACACUUUGUACACUUAAAUGAUAGAGCCUUACUUUGAAGAGGAACAAUGAUGAAAGUUUAAAGGUUCCUCUCCUUUAACGUUCCAUACUGCUGUGCUAAGGAAAAACGCCGUAUAAGUCUUCAGACGUUGCCAAA